AAUAGCAAUAAUUUCUAUUUGCAUUCACAUUCGUAUGCACAAGCGAUUGCAUUUAAUGGGUUUUGCAAAAACUUUUCAAUGGCAAAACCGACAACAAUGAUGACGAGCGGCUAUAAAAUAACAAUGGCAAUGCAACAUCGGCAACGCCAGCUGCCAGGCAUGUGGAGCCUCGGGACCGUCUCGCUGAUUUCUCUGUGGGUCUUUGCCAAUGGAAUAGGCAGAAGUUUGGGUGAACGAACAAAUGUGGGCCUGAUAUAUGAGGCAAGUAGUCCAGAUCUCGAGAAAAUCUUCACCUUGGCCAUCAACAAAGCGAAUGAGGAGAAUGAGGAGCUGAACCUGCAUGGCGUGGCAGCCAGCAUUGAGCCGGGAAACUCUUUCGAGACAUCCAAGAAGCUGUGCAAGAUACUGCGGCAAAAUCUGGUGGCCGUAUUCGGGCCCACAACGAAUAUGGCGGCCAAGCACGCGAUGAGCAUUUGCGAUGCCAAGGAGCUGCCUUUCCUGGACACCCGCUGGGACUUUGGCGCCCAGCUGCCGACCAUCAAUUUGCAUCCACAUCCCACCCAGCUGGGAGCGGCCUUGAAGGAUAUAGUGACGGAGCUGGGCUGGGAGGGCUUCACCAUAAUCUACGAGUCAGGCGAAUAUCUGGCGACGGUCAACGAGCUGCUUCAGAUGUACGGCACUGCCGGGCCGGCCAUCACUGUGCGCCGCUACGAGCUGGACUUGAAUGGAAACUAUCGCAACGUGCUGCGCCGCAUACGUAACUCGGCCGAUUACUCGUUUGUGGUGGUCGGGUCGCUGGAGACGCUGCCCGAGUUCUUCAAGCAGGCCCAGCAGGUGGGAUUGCUGACGAGCGACUAUCGCUAUAUCAUUGGCAAUCUGGACUGGCAGACCUUGGACUUGGAGGCGUAUCAGCACGGCGACACCAACAUCACGGGCUUUCGAUUGGUCUCGCCCGCCAAUGAGCAGGUGCUGGAGGUGGCCAAGGCCUUGUACGAGAGUGACGAGCCAUUUCAGAACGUGUCGUGUCCUCUGACCAACAGCAUGGCCCUCAUAUACGACGGCGUGCAGCUGCUGGCCGAGACAUACAAGCAUGUGAAUUUCCGUCCCAUGCCCCUAAGUUGUGGCGACGACAGUGCCUGGGACAAGGGCUUCACGCUCGUCAACUACAUGAAAUCGCUCACACUCAAUGGGCUCACGGGCACCAUUCAGUUCGACUACGAGGGGCUGCGCACUGAUUUCACUUUGGAGGUCAUCGAGCUGACCGUCUCGGGCAUGCAGAAAAUUGGCGAAUGGAGCGGCAAGGACGGCUUUCAAAUGAAUCGCCCUGCGCCGGCCAUUUCCAUGGAGCCGGACAUGCGUUCACUCGUGAACAAGAGCUUUGUGGUCAUCACGGCCAUUAGCGAGCCGUACGGGAUGCUGAAGGAAACCUCGCAGAAGCUGGAGGGCAACGAUCAGUUCGAGGGUUUUGGCAUUGAACUCAUCGACGAGCUGUCCAAGAAGUUGGGCUUCAGCUACUCCUUCCGCCUGCAGGAGGACAACAAGUAUGGCGGCAUUAAUCCAGCCACGGGCGAGUGGAACGGCAUGAUACGCGAAAUUAUUGACAAUCGCGCUGACAUGGGCAUUACCGAUCUGACCAUGACAUCGGAGCGCGAGAGCGGCGUCGACUUCACCAUACCAUUCAUGAACUUGGGCAUCGCCAUUUUGUUUCGCAAGCCCAUGAAGGAGCCACCCAAGCUGUUUUCGUUCAUGUCGCCCUUUUCCGGCGAUGUUUGGCUUUGGCUCGGCUUGGCGUACAUGGGUGUGUCCAUCAGCAUGUUUAUUUUGGGUCGUCUGUCGCCGGCGGAGUGGGACAAUCCCUAUCCCUGCAUCGAGGAGCCCGAGGAGCUGGAAAAUCAGUUCAGUUUUGCCAACUGCCUCUGGUUCUCCAUUGGUGCGCUGUUCCAACAGGGCUCUGAGCUGGCACCCAAAGCCUAUUCGACUCGUGCCGUAGCCGCAUCCUGGUGGUUCUUCACCCUGAUAUUGGUCUCGUCUUACACCGCCAAUCUGGCCGCCUUCCUCACGGUCGAAUCGCUGGCCACUCCCAUAGAGAAUGCCGAAGAUUUGGCUGAGAACAAGGGAGGAGUGAACUAUGGCGCCAAAAACGGCGGCAGCACCUUCACCUUCUUCAAGGAUGCCAAGUAUCCCACGUAUCAGAAGAUGUACGAGUUCAUGCGCGACCAUCCGGAGUACAUGACGAACACCAAUCAGGAGGGCGUGGAUCGCGUGGAGACCAGCAACUAUGCCUUUCUCAUGGAGUCGACGACCAUCGAGUACAUUACCGAGCGGCGCUGCACAUUGACGCAGGUGGGCGCCUUGCUGGACGAGAAGGGCUACGGCAUCGCUAUGCGGAAGCACUGGCCCUAUCGCGACACUCUCAGCCAGGCCAUACUGGAGUUGCAGGAGCAGGGCGUGCUGACCAAAAUGAAGACCAAAUGGUGGAAGGAGAAACGCGGCGGCGGCGCCUGUUCGGACUCGAGUGUCGAGGGUGGCGCCCUUGCCCUAGAGAUUAGCAAUCUGGGCGGCGUGUACUUGGUGCUCGGAGUGGGUGCCUUCUUUGGCGUAUUUGUGUCCGUGCUCGAGAUGGUGCUGGGCGUCAAGGAGCGCAGCAACGAGAACAAGGAAGAGAAGGACUCGGAUGCCUCCUCGCUGGGCUUCGCCAAUUUGGGCGGAGUGUUCCUGGUUCUCAUUGUGGGCAGCUGUUUCGCCAGCGUGUAUGGCCUGAUUAACUGUUUGCUCAGCAUCUAUGCGGUGGCGCGAAGUAAUAAGGUCGACUUCAAGGCCGAGCUCAUUGACGAGCUGCGCUUCAUAAUGCAAUGUUCGGGCAACACCAAGGCGGUUAAGUACCCCAAGAGCUCUGCCAGCAGCUCCAAGUCCAGUUCCAAGUCGAAGGGAUCGAUUCUAUCGGUCGACUCGCUGCCCGAUGAUCAGCCGGAAGGUAACAAACAUGGCAGCCAUGCGAAGAAAUAAAUAUGUUUUCACAAUUUUCAUCAAUGUGCUCAUUAAUUAUGUCGUUGUUGUUUAACUUUUCAAAAUAAACUGUUCUUAGUGCACAUGCUUUCCUAGCUAAUGCACAAACCACCAUUA